AUUACUCAUUAUAAAACUUUAAACUAUAAAAAAAUCGUGUUUUUAAUUCUGUGGUUAUAAAUAUUCACCAUAUGUUGCAGAUUAAGGAAAUAUGAGUGAUAACACUGCUAAGCGUCAGAACAGAUCACAGAUGAAUAAUGGGGUACUUUUGUUAUUAUUAAGCGUAUAACCUUUAUUUUUCGCUUUUAUUUCUAACAAUAAACAUUACAAAUCGAAUGAAAUAGUGCAAAAUAUUGUUAAGUUUGGAAUUAUAUUCCAACCACCGUCAAAUUAUAUGACUCAAGAUGUUCUGCUUACAAGAGAAAGAGUUACAUUCGGAUCCAUUUAAUGAAAAAGAUCCUCUGGAAAGUCACAACCUCACAGACUCAAGUGAUGAUGAACCAUCCGCUAAAAGACUUAAAUAUGACUCGGAACUUAACCUUAAAGUAUACCAGAUACCCACCUUUAAUACACCAAAAUCACUAUCGAUUUAUCCUAUACCAUCAAAUACUCUCUCUAAUUCACUACCUAAGUUUGUUAACAACCCAUUAAAUUUAGCAAAUCCAUUAGACUUAGCUGCUAAUGUUAAUAAUGUAGUGAAGUCAUUGCAAAGCAGAUAUUCUUUGCCUUCAAAGUUGAUGAUAACUCCGGUGCCUAAGACUGAUGGAGAGGUAGUGAGAUAUAAAAAGAAUGGUGAAGUAGCAAAGAAGAGAGGACCACCUAAAGGAUAUAAACGGAAGCCAAAGGAACUGUCUCAGAGUUUUACUAAUGGCACCGUGUUACAGCAAACAAAAAACAAAAUACUGACAAGUCUUCUAGCAACAAACAACACAACGAUGACAACAGUCGAGCCAAUCCCAGAAGUUGCCCCACCAGUUAUAAGUGAACCUAUUAAUUUACCACCAGGUGUAGAGUUAGUAGAACUCUACUUGGAUCCCGAAGACUGGUUCCCAACUGAACCUUAUCGUAUGACAUUCAGUCGGAAAAAGAAUCCCAAGUGGAAGAACUUUCCUUACCGCUGUGAACACUGUUUUAAGGGCUACCGAGUGGCAUCGACUCUGGUCAGUCACGCGGCAGAGCGACACGGCUCGGUGCCAAAAGACCUCGCCAUACCGUGCCCUUGUUGUCCCCACGUGUCGCUGCGGCGGAAGCAGCACAAGAAACAUUUGGAAACACACGCCAGCAGGAAACAUAGGAUAUUCUGUCUCUAUUGUUUACCACCAAAUGAAACAUCCGAGCCCUUCGUCAAAGAACCGGUGAAAUAUCCUUUCGAUAAAUUCCCACAGUACUGGUAUGCGUCAGAAGAAUCCCUAAGACUUCACAAGAAAAGAAAACAUCCCUACGCCGCCAUGUUUAAUUAUAACUGGUUCGGCACAUGGGCGGAUUAUCAACCGAACAGCUAAGUGUAUAAGUUGUGUUAUAAAAAUUUUAGUUAUACAUUUUAUAUAAUUUGUCUAGUUAUAUAUUUUAUAUAAGUUCUUAAACAAAUUUUUUUUCACGUAUACUUUAGUAUUUUCGCUAUUAAGUGAUUAGCUAUAUUAUGUGUUAUUUGUAUGUAUGUCAACAAAAAAUACCCUAUCUGAAUGAAUUAUUGAAAAUUUUAGACAACAAUUAUUUUUAAACUUGUUUUUGGGAUUUUGUAUACAUUUUAUUAUUUUAAAAUGCUAAUGAAAUGCUUUUGACGGUUUAAAAGUAACUAAUAUUAUUAUUAAUUCAUUAGUUUAACAUUUUAUAAAAUGUAUAAUUAAUAAAAGUCAAAUGACAAGUAUCAAUGUAUCAUUUUACAGAUUUUUUGUUUUAUGCAUUUGACUAUAGUGAUGCCAACUUGGGAGUUUUCCCCCCAAAUUUUUUCGAUUUUUUUAAAACACUCGAUUCUAUACAAUUUAUAUUAAGCCUAGAACUCAAACAAACUAAACCAAAUAUAUACUCCAAUCGUAGCUAUAACUGAAAAAAAAGUAUAAUACUCCUAAAUCGUAAUAACAGCUAUUUUUGAAUGUAUAUAUGAAAUUACCACU